UCUGGGCUCCAUGUCAGCCAGGGCAGGCAGCACCAACUUGCCGGAGCGCUGCGCGUAGCCAGAGCAAUGACCUUAACAAAAGAGAGUUUCCACGGGGCUCUUCCACCCACUUCUGAGGUGACCAAGGCUGACAUGGACAGCACCAGAGAGAAGGAGGAGGCUCUGCUGCAGUCUGUGACGACAUCUGGAGCAGUGGUGCCAAGGAAGCGAGCGGUGGGAAGGCUGGUCAUGCACAGCAUGGCGAUGUUCGGCCGGGAGUUCUGCUAUGCCGUGGAGGCCGCCUUUGUCACGCCGGUACUGCUCAGUGUAGGGCUGCCCAAGAACCUCUACAGCCUGGUGUGGCUCAUCAGCCCUAUCCUGGGCUUCGUGCUGCAGCCCGUGGUAGGUUCAGCCAGUGAUCACUGCACCUGUAGCUGGGGCAGGAGGCGACCUUACAUUCUGGGUCUGGGCAUCAUAAUGCUGUUAGGCAUGGCUUUGUACCUCAAUGGGGACAUGAUGAUCUCAGCUUUCGUCGGUGAGAGAGACAAUCGGCGGACAUGGGCAAUAGUAAUUACCAUGCUGGGAGUAGUGCUUUUUGAUUUUGCAGCUGAUUUUAUUGAUGGCCCCAUCAAAGCAUAUUUAUUUGAUGUCUGCUCUCAUCAGGAUAAAGAGAAGGGUCUGCAUUACCACGCUCUCUUUACAGGUUUGGGAGGAGCCCUGGGCUACCUGACAGGUGCUAUGGAUUGGGGUCAAACUGUACUAGGAUAUUCCUUGGCAUCGGAGUUCCAGGUGAUUUUCUUCUUCGCAGCCUUGGUUUUCCUAGUCUGUCUUACCGUACAUCUGCACAGUAUUCCUGAAGUUCCACUCAGAUACAGAAAUGAAGAGACAAAGAUCUUGUUGGAAGUGACUGAAUCCUAUAAAUAUAGCUCCAUAGAGGAGGAAAUCAAGAAUGGCUACUUAAAAUCAACAUGUACUGAAAUAAAGGCUGCAGCUAAACCAGGGAAAUGUGCUGUUAUGUCACAUACAGAGGAUCAAAGGCGGAUGACCCUUAAAUCACUCUUGAAGACCCUUUUAAGCAUGCCAUCCCACUAUCGCUAUCUGUGUGUGAGCCACCUCUUUGGAUGGAUGGCUUUCCUGUCCAACAUGCUCUUCUUCACGGAUUUCAUGGGACAGGUGGUAUACCAGGGUAGUCCUUAUGCACCUCAUAACUCCACGCUUUACCUUACCUACAAAACAGGAGUAGAGGUGGGAUGCUGGGGGCUGUGCAUCAAUGCAGUUUCUUCAUCAGUCUAUUCUUACCUGCAGAAAAUCCUUCUGCCAUACAUAGGAUUAAAGGGACUUUAUUUCAUUGGAUACCUACUUUUUGGAUUGGGUACUGGAUUUAUUGGCUUGUUUCCUAAUGUCUAUUCCACUCUGGCUCUGUGUUCCCUCUUUGGUGUCAUGUCCAGCACACUGUACACAGUGCCAUUCCACCUCAUUGCAGAGUAUCACAGGGAAGAAGAGGUGACCUGAAGCUGCAGGAUGGGGAACAAGCUGGUGAGCACAGGCGAGGGAAGGGCAUUGACUGUGCUGCUCUCACCUGCAUGGUCCAGCUGGCCCAGAUCAUUCUCGGUGUGGGCCUGGGGCUCUUGGUUAGUGUUGCUGGCAGUGCUGUCACUGUGAUUUCGGCAUCUACAGUGGCACUGAUCGGCUGCUGCUUUGUUGCUUUUUGUGUUCGAUACGUGGAGUAGGACUGUGUGAAGUGGUUGGAAGAAAUCUCACCAGGGGAUAAUUUUUCUUUCUGAGUCAGUAGCACUGGUGCUGUUGCUGUGCUGAUGCUGCUGGCAUGUCCUCCUCUCUUACCUCCUCGGUGCAGUUGCAAUUCCAGAGCUUUACGAAAGGGAGACUUGAUGAAACUGGUUGCCUAAUGCCUCAGAGUGAAAGCUUCUAUAUUUUGACUGCUUU